UUGUUUUUAUUUUGCCGGAUAUAUUCAAAUGUGAUUCAAAUUAUUUUUAAUGUACAGCAAACGGUAUGUGGAAAUACUUUUUAUUUAGUUUCUUAAUAAUAUUAUCAAUAAAUUAUUCGGGGGCAUCUAUUGGGGAUCGUUCGCCCUAUUACCAAAGAUGUUUAGAAAAGUGUGAAAUUUUGAAUUGCACCAAAGAUGGAAUUCAUUUUAUAAAAGAGUAUCACCAGCCCCUUCAUUUAAAAUGGACAUUUUGGUUUUGUUCAGAUGAAUGCAAAUAUAAUUGCAUGUGGAAAACAGUACAAUCUUUUCAUGAAUAUGACUUAAAAACUCCACAGUUUCAUGGAAAAUGGCCUUUUAUACGAAUUCUUGGUAUCCAAGAACCAGCCUCAAUGAUUUUUUCACUGCUAAACUUGUAUGCACAUUUGAAAAUGCUAAAAAUAUUUGUCAAGAGAGUCAGACCAGAUAGCCCAUUGUAUUUUAUGUGGAUUGGAUAUUGUUUGGUUUGUUGUCACGCCUGGUUCUGGUCAACAAUAUUUCACGCCAGAGACUUUCUAUUGACCGAAAUUUUAGAUUAUAUAUGUGCCUUUUCUAUUGUUCUAGUCAAUUGUUAUAUAGUGCUAGUCAGGAUGCUGAAAUAUAUACUGCCAAGAUUUUUAUUAAUUAUUUUAACAGUAUUUUUUAUAGCUUUUUUUAUUAAUCACAGUAUCUAUUUGUAUAUGGGAAGAUUUGACUAUAGUUAUAACAUGAAAGUCAACAUAGUCAUUGGAACAAUAACUGCUCUUUGCUGGUUUAUCUGGUGUUUAGUUCAUCAGAAGAAACAGCCUUAUGUCUGGAAAUGUGGAAUGUAUGUAGCCUUAACAGGUCUUGUUUUGCCUUUGGAAGUUAUAGAUUUACCGCCAAUAUUUUAUAUAUUUGAUUCCCAUUCAAUAUGGCAUUUAGCAACAGCACCACUGGUUUCUUUAAUCUACAGUUUUGCUAUUGACGAUUGUCGUUAUUUGCGAAAAAUACAUUUUGAAGAUGUAGAAAACCAAAAAUCAAAAGAGCUAUAAUUUCAAGUAGUUCCAAGAAAUAUUGAAAUUAAGUAUUAAAAACAUUAAAAUAUCAAAAUUAUUUUUAUGUUUUACAUAGAAAAAUAACUGUUAAGUAAUUUUACCUCAAAAAAAAUUAAAAUAAUUCAAAUCACAUAUAGAGACGUAUCAAAAUUUUAUUAUCAAUAACAAUAUAAAUGUAUAGUUCGCUAGGUGUAGUUUAUGCAGGAUGGAUUUUCUUCAAUGCUAAAAAUUCAGAAAAUUUAAAUAUUUUGUAUAGUUUUUUUUGCAUCUAAACUUUGUAUGUUUAUGCCAUAUUUAUAAAUCUGUACCAAUAAUACAUAAAAAAUACAUCUACAUCAUAUAUACAGAUUAAAAUUAUAGUUUUGUUUAGUCAUUGAAUAAAAAGAUCAAGGAA